AUGCCCUCGCAAGCCCAGGCUUACACAACGCCUGCGGGAGCUGAUGCGCACUACCACUUCUACUACCCAUAUCUGCUUGUGCACGAUGACCGGUGGCACCUAGGUCCGACAGUAGUGUGGCCUCACCAGAUGCCGCCCUGGUCCGCCACUCAGGCUGCCGCAAGUCAUGGUGACCUUAGACCUAUGUACUCACCACUCGAUGCGAGACUCGUUGAUGUCGUGCCCGUACAAGCUCCCGAGGCCGCUUCAGUCCCUUCUCGAGCUCCUCGAGGAACAAAUAAUAGGAAAAUGGAAUCAAUCAACCUUGAGGACAGGGUUAAUCUUCUGUCGGAGGACGCGUACACCACCGACGUCACGAUGGACGGCUACUAUUGCACAAGCUGUGAGACACGCAUCAAUCUAGACCUUCGUAAGAAGUAUGCACAGGCUACCUGGGUUCUACACCGGAAGUUGUGCAUCAGAGAACGUCAGUGCGAGUAUAUGGCCGCGCUACGGGCUGACUUCGAGAAGACACUGGAAAAUAGGGUGGCACAAGAGGCUGUAGAGGAAGAUCAUCCAAUGACUCGCGAAUCACCGGAAUCGGAUCUCAACGAGAUAGUUAGGGGUCUCCUUCGCUCUCCUUCAUAUGUCCAUAACAUGUUGCAGCAACAUACAGAUGAACUUAUGGGGGAGAGCGAAGAUGUUGCUCUCGAGAACGCAGGCAGGGACGUUCAGAUCGAGCGUAGCCCAACACCACGACUGGUACCGGUCUUCAGCUGGCCAGAGGAGUUCGACGACGACGAUCUGCAUGAUUGA